AUGGAAACUUGGAAAAAGCAAGUUUUAAGUUGGUCAUUGAAUGAUGCUAUUAGAGAUGUUUCUAAUAUAGAGAAAUCUAUUAAAAAUAAAGAUAAAUACAAUUUUCUAACUAAAUAUAUAACUAUAAAUGGAAAUCAAAUAUUAGUACGAAGAAGUUCACAUAUUAAAGAUAUACAACUAAAAAAAUAUAUUUUUAAACAUCCAUAUCAAAGAAAAAUUAAAAUAUUAUAUUGUGAGAAAUGUAAUACAUUUCGAAAAACAAAAUUUUGUACUAAAUGUAAAAAUAAACUGUAUAAUGUACAAGAUUUUGAUAUUGAAUCGAUUCAUUCUGAACCAUGUUCAGUUACUUCAAAAUUAUCAUAUAUUUCAGAUGAUGGAUCUGUUGUUCUUGAUAAAAAAUAUUCAGAUUGUAAAGAAAAAAAAUGUAUUUGUGUUAGACUAAAUAAUAUUAUACCAAAUUAUAUUACUAAACAAAAUGCAUUUUUAACUAAUGGUGUUCCUAUCUUUGAGGAUGAAGGAUUACGAAUGGAUGAUAGUGAUGAUUAA